GAAAAUAAUGAAAGGUACGCGUUACCAAAAGGAAAAAUCAAUAACGGUGUAUUUUUAGUUCUUUGUUUAGUUUCGUCAUGGAAAAAGGAUUCUUUUACUGUUUAAUUUAAAGAUUUUUUUAUUAAGAUAUAGUUUAAAUUGUGAUAAAACGUUAAUCAAUAAAGUGAUACUUUUUAUAAAAGGUUUUCAUAUUGUAAAUCGAUGCAAAAUUUAAAAAAAUGGUAGGUAAAGACAGUAAACCAGUUUUUAUACCCCCACGAAAAAGACAAAGCUCAAAAAAACCAACGAACGGCCAAAAUUAUGUUGAUCAUAUUGUUACUUCACAACCAAGACAAAAAACUUCUCCACCUGAUGGUCUUGAGGAAGAUUUAUUGAAAACGUCUCUUCUUAUCAAAAACAAGCAGCCACUGCCCCAAUUGCCAAAGGAAGCUACAGAAAACUUACCAUCUAAACUUCCCAGCAAUUCAGCAACAGAUAAAGUUACAUCGGUAAAUGAUUUAAAGACAAAAAAUGCCAAUGCAAGCACCAAUAGUAUGAGUAAUGACAAUAUAUUUCAAGCGUCAAAAAAUCAAUCUGUGUCUAGUAAUAAUACUCGCGAAAAUAUUAACAUGAUACCGAGCAAUUAUGGUGCUUCUGAAAAUAGUCUCAGUGCCAAACUAAGUAAAUCUCAUGAUUGCUUAACUUCUUCUUUGAUAGCACCAGAAAGUCGAUCGUCAUCCACCAAGAAACGUGUCAAUAUACGAAUGGACAUUGAAAGUAAAAGCCCAUCUAAAACUACUUCUUUAAAUACAAAUUUGCCAACACAAAACUGUGAAGAUUUGGAAUCAGGCGAUACCAAUAUAUUAAAACGUGAUAAUCCAUCACAGCAAAGUUUGGAUAAAUAUAGUACACGAAGAUCCAUUGAUAGUAGUUACCUUACUAUGACGGGAACAAUCAAAAGAGGCAAAAAGAAAGGACAGUCAAUGGAUCUUCAAGUAAAUAUUAGUCGCGAAGAAUUAGAAAAAAUUAAUGCAACAGCUUUGGAAAUAGAAACAAAAAAAGGAAAUCUAUGUUGCAUUUGUAAUAUAUCUACAGGGUUUCACAUAUUCAUUUUGUCAUUAAUCUGUUUUCCAUUUGUUUUUUUAAUAACAAGUAUUUAUUCUUUUUAUAUUGGAACGUUGACAUGGUAUAACAUGUUUAACUAUUUCAAUGAAGAUAAGACAUAUUUCCAUAAAAUAUUUUUUUCACCAAUAUUAAUUCUGGCAUAUCCUGUUGUUAUAACAUUUUGUACACUUGGAUUAGGUAUUUAUGCAAGUUUCAUUCAGCUAAGUCUUCAAUUCAGUAGCUGGGUAAAUGAGAUUUUGGAUAUCGAAAAAGGAUUUUAUGGCUGGCUUUGCAGCUUUUUGCGAUUAUCUGAUUGCAGUCCGUAUGAGGUUGUUAUAUUAACUGAGCUUCGCUUAUCGGAGGAUAAUCCUAAUGCUAACUCUUCAACUGAAGAACUAUCUUUGUAGUUCAAUUUUUUUUUCAAGACUGACAGAACACAUAUUAUAUCUAAUAUUUCAUUUAUAAUGACACAAUAAAUAAACUAUUUCUUUAAAAAUAAAUGAAGGAGGAAAAUUUCUUAAAGCAAAUUUAUUUUGUUAAAAGAGUUCUACCAGCACAAAUAUGUAAAUCCAAUGUGUAUUUUACUUGAAAUUAUAUCGUUGAUUCAUCUUUGAAAAUUUAAAUAUUAUACAUACAUACUUAAUAUUUUCUUUUUACAAUAUAAUUCUGUAAUAUUAAAUUAAUAAAAUGAUUUACCA